AGAGCAGGCAAAGACUCGGAUCUUGAAGCAGCCUGGGUUCCUUCGAUGGCGGACACGACACCCUCUGCUGAGCCUGCUGAGUCCGGGUCCGGGAAAGGUUAUGGCAUUCAAGUCGCAUACCGUACAUUAUCGGUUCGCGUCGAAGAUAAUAAGGCCACCCCCAAAUCCCCGCUAGACCCAGCGGAUGCAAUUGCAAGCAUAGAUGCUCAUCUACUCAGUGUUGACGAAGUAUACACCCGGUAUUCCAGUCAUCCCACAGUCGGUUUGGAGCUUGCCGCUGUUCGUCGCAGGGAGCGUGAUGGCAAGAAUACCAUCAGCCCUCCACCCACCGUCUACUGGAAGAAAACACUUAAUUAUGUUUUUGGUGGCUUCAAUUUUCUCAUGUGGAUCGCGUUCAUCUUGACUAUCCUGUCCUAUAAACCACUCGGGCCUCCUCUACCUUUCGUUCUUGGUGUUGCAGUGCUUUUGAUGCUUGUCAUCAUCAUUUCUGCUGCAUUUUAUGCUUUGGUCGAUUGGAACGCGAACAGAAUCAUGAAGUCGAUCAAAUCCCUGAUUGCACACGAGGCCGCGGUCAUUAGGGACGGAAACCAGCAAAUCAUCUCAGCUGCUGACAUUGUAGUUGGUGAUGUUGCCGUGCUCAGCGCUGGCGACCGUGUCCCGGCCGACAUGCGUGUCGUGCAGGCAUCAUCCGACCUUCGCUUUGAUCGCUCUCUCCUGACGGGUGAAAGCGAAAUGAUACCAGGAGCUCUUGAUGCAACAUCCGACAAUGCUUUGGAGACUCGUAACCUCGCGCUGACUUCCACUUUUGUCGUACAAGGGACUUGCCAUGGAGUCGUGUUCGCCACCGGAGAUAGGACUGUCAUGGGACGCCUUGUCAAGAUGUCUGGAGAAACAAAGUUCAAGCUUACCACUAUCCAAAGAGAGGUGUGGUUUUUCACCAAAAUCAUAUCCUGUCUCGCGCUCUUUUUCUUCUGCUUGUCGCUUCUUCUAUAUGGCGUUUGGUUACGGACAACAUAUCCUGGGUAUGACACCACGUCUUCUGCCAUCGUAAAUUCAAUCGGCUGCUUGACUGCCUUCGUUCCGCAAGGCCUCCCGAUUUGCGUGGCACUCUCGUUGACUGUUGUCGCCCGUCGCAUGGCUAAACGUCAGGUGUUGGUCAGGAAUCUGGCGACAAUCGAGACAUUAGGGUGCAUGUCUGUGUUAUGUUCUGAUAAGACAGGCACGCUGACUGCGGGAAAGAUGAUGGUGGAGAAUAUCGCCUUCCUCGAUGACGUAUUUGGUGUCGAUGAAAUCAACGAGAGGGUCGCGAAGGCCUCAAACCCGGCCGUUUUUUCUGUGUUCAAGGCGCUCCAUCAGAUCGCGAGGCUUUGCAACGGCGCAAAAUUCGACGCAACGACCAACCACCUUCCUGUGCAGGAUCGCACGAUCAAGGGCGAUCCGACUGAUACUGCUCUUUUGCGUUUCUCCGAAGCUCUUUCAAUACCAGAGCUUGACGUCGAUUCCAGCACUCUUCAGCAAGAGUAUGAGAAGAAGUUUGAGAUCCCUUUCAACUCUCGCAAUAAAUGGAUGCUUUCCGUGGUCUCUAAGGUCAACACUUCUGAAAAGGACGCAGAAUCGACAUGGAUGUUCGUCAAGGGAGCUCCUGAUGUUUUAUUCCCUUCCUGCACCAGUGUGCUGCAAGGUGAUGGGACGGUCGUCACGUUAACAAGCAGGGCGAGACAGAUGUUCGCCACACUUCAAGAGGAUUGGUCAAGCCGGGGUCAACGAGUACUCGUGCUAUGUAGGAAACCCAUAGAACAAAUCAAGGCUGGACUUCCGCCGAACGACGUGGAAGAUCUGAUGUACGCGGAGAUGUGCGAUCUAACCUUAGUUGGUCUGAUUGGAAUUUGCGAUCCUCCUCGCCCGGAUGUAUUGCCAUCGAUUUCCAUCAUUCGACGAGCUGGAGUUCGAGUCUUUAUGGUCACCGGUGAUUUUAAACUUACUGCUCUAGCUAUUGCACGCCAGGUUGGUAUCAUUACUCAGCACGUCGUCGACACCAUCCAGGACGUCCAAGCUGCUGCAUCCGAGAAGGUCUCGCCGAAAGAUUAUCAUCUUAUCAAGCCAUCCGAUGAUGAUGAUGAUCCUAUCCGCUCCCUGGUACUCACAGGGGAAGACGUCGCAUCUCUCACCACGCCUGAUUGGAAUGUUAUCGUUGGGACCUACGCAGAGAUCGUAUUUGCGCGCACUACCCCUGACCAGAAAAUGCGAAUUGUAGAGGAAAUAAAAGCUCGCGGAGACAAUACAGUCGCAGUCACUGGAGACGGUGUCAACGAUGCGCCAGCGCUAAAAGCUGCUGACAUUGGUGUUGCGAUGGGUAGUGGCAGUGAUGUGGCCAAGGAAGCUGCCGCCUUGAUCUUGUUGAAGAAUGAUUUUGCUUCUAUCCCCGUCGCGAUAGAGAUGGGUCGACUAGUCUUUGAUAACCUGAAGAAAGUCACAUUGUACCUCAUGCCGGCUGGAAGUUAUUCGGAAUUCAUGGCGGUCCUCGCAAAUGUAUUACUAGGCAUGCAGAUUCCCAUGAACUCGUAUCAACAAGUCUGCUAUUGCAUCACAAACGAUGUUAUUAUGUCCAUCUCGCUGAUGUAUGAGAAACCGGAAUGGGAUUUGAUGCAGCGCAAGCCACGCAACGCCAGGACCGAUAGGCUUACGGAUUGGCGCCUUUUCUUCCAUGUCUAUUUGUUCUAUGGACUGAUGCUGUGGCCCUGCGCGAUGGCGAUGUGGUUCUUGUACAUGAGCCAGCAAGGCCUUGGUUUCUAUGACGUUAUCCUGACUUUCAGCCGAUGGGAGGAUGGCUGGCAAGGUUACACUAUCGAUCAACUAACCCAAUUCGUCGAUGUUGGUCAAUGCAUUUACUAUGUGACGGUGGCCAUCGGACAGUACGGGACUCUUUUAUCGGUUCGCAACCGCCGAGUAUCAAUACUGCAGUCGAAUCCUCUAUGGGGCCCGCGUCGCAACCUGCUAGUACUUUUCGGCAUGUCGGGCACGGUGUUGAUCUGCAUUGUGAACCUUUACGGAGCUGGCUUCCAGCAGGUGUUUUACACGAGGCCUAUCCCUGGGAUGUUCUGGGGUCUCCCGUUCACCUUUGCGUUAGGGAUAUUGCUCAUGGACGAAACUCGCAAAGCCAUCGUGAGGAGAUAUCCGAAGUCUCUGAUUGCGUGGCUGGCAUGGUGAACUCGAAAUUAUAUGAAGUUGGAUUUUUUUUGUCGGUACAGACGGUACCGGUAACUGCGCAGGUAACUGCUCGGUGUAAAUUAUUCAAUAUGUAAUUUUUCACACGAUCAGUUAUGUAAUAUAGGGUUUCAUCAUCACAUGACCUCUUAUCACCGGGAUUGAGUCAUUUUGAUAGUCAACC